UAGCCGUAUAAUCACAGUUCGCACGCGUGACGAGGACAAUGACCCCAUCGAGUACGGAAUUGAGCCUGCGAAGUACGUCGAUGGUUCGGAAUACUUCCGCAUCCUCAAAGACACUGGAGAAGUUUUCCUUGACAAACCUUUGACUGGACAGGGUGGCAACGAUUUUUAUUUAUACAUAACAGCCAAUGAUGGUCAUCAAACGGCAAAGAUUGAAGUUUACAUCCGGGUUCUGGAAUCGAACAGCGGAUCGCCCCCUUCGGAUCCUCCUCUGGAUGUCCCCUUCAGCACAUCUCGUCCCCGUCUGCGGCCCUUUCCUCCCUUUGUACCCAGCGCCCCUUACCCCGCCCACCCCUCCUCCUCCGCUGCCCGACCUUUUCGCCACCCCCCCCCUGCGAAAAGGGAACGCCCCGGCCCCCACCCCCUCUCCCCCCUCCGUCAUCCCCUCCUCUGGCAAUCAGCCCCCAGUUCGCGAGGUUCCUCCGAGAGAGGGCGAACAGGCGGGGGGCCAGGGGGGGACAAUCAUAACCUCAACAGUUCUGCCCAUCCUCGCAGUGACGGGCCUUGCGCCCCUCUUGAUGCUCGUCCUCUGGUUCCUGCAUCGUCGCUGCAAGCACAACGAGAAACUAGUCGCACUAAAGAAAGCCUCUUCUGGAGUGGCACGGAGAGAAGGCAGCCUUUCAGAAACAGUGGCUUUCAGCUACUCUCCGGCGGCCCUGUUGCGUCCGGCCACACCACCUUUCCUCAGUUCACAGCCUUCCUUGGGAAGCUCGUCACAAAGGGUGGGUGGAGAAUUAGACAAGUGGGAGUUUCCAAGACAUCGAUUGCAAUUUGUUGGAAUAGUGGGCGAGGGCUGUUUCGGGCAAGUGUGGAAAUGCCUAGCUCAAGACAUUGGACCAAGACAGGAGACAAUUACGGUUGCUGUCAAGACUCUCAAACGUUUGUUAUUUAGGAAUUCAAAAAGUGCUACAGAAAAGGAAAAGAAAGAUCUGCUCUCGGAACUUGAAGUAAUGAAGCUCCUGGAACCACAUCCCAAUGUCGUUACUCUUCUGGGAUGCUGCUCAGAUAAAGACCCAAUCCUGGUGAUUAUGGAAUUUGUCAGUCGUGGCAAACUGCAGACUUACCUUCGUGAGAGUCGUGCUGAGAGGCUAUAUGGAAAUCUUCAUGGUAGCAGCAAGCAUCUCACAUCCAGAGACCUCACAGCAUUUUCUUAUCAAGUUGCAAAAGGAAUGGAUUAUUUAGCUAACAAAGGAAUAAUCCAUCGUGAUUUAGCAGCACGUAACAUCUUGGUGGAUGAAAAUAAAGUUUGCAAAGUUGCAGACUUUGGCUUUGCAAGAGAUGUCAUAGCAAGCCAUGUUUAUGAAAGAAAGUCAGAAGGACGACUACCAAUUCGUUGGAUGGCUCCAGAAUCACUUUUUGAUAAUAUUUACACAACCAAAACAGAUGUCUGGUCCUUUGGAGUUCUCCUCUGGGAAAUUGUAACUCUAGGCUCAACUCCUUAUCCCGGACUCAGUGCAAAUGAGGUCAUUCGAAAAGUGCGUGAUGGUUACCGUCUUGAGAAACCCGACCACUGCCGCAGAGAAAUGUACAAUAUUAUGUUCUACUGCUGGGACAAAGAUCCAAAGCAGCGGCCAUCAUUUGGAGAGCUGGUGUCUCUCCUGGACAGGCUUCUUGUCAGUGAACAUACUUAUAUUGAAUUAGAGCGAUUUCCUGAUCACUCCUAUUACAACAUCACCGAUUUGUCCGGUGAAAAAUUGUGAUACUGUACCUAGUGUUUUAAGUAACUCUUCAUCAAUCAUUUACAUGUUAAAUCAUCAUUUUCAUGAAAAAGAAUUUCAAUUCAGUUUGCAUAAUGUAUAAGAUAUGGAUAAGUUACAAUGUCUAAGGUGAUCUUCAUAAUUUUUCAUGGGCAGUUACAGAUAAAUUCAACUGUUAUCAUAAGUAAUGUCCAGAACAUGUAUAUUUAACUAAAAGUGUGAAAAUAGAAAAUAAAAGUCAUUUUAUUGAUUAGGUAUCAAGCAGGAUAAAAAAACAAAUAUUUCAGAAAAUUAAAUUUUGAUUUAAGAAAAAUUCUUCCAUAAAAUCGCCACUGAAUUACUUGCGUAAGACAGCACAAAUCAUUUUGUAUAAAUAUUUUUAUUGCAAGUUUCUGUACUGCAAUGCAAUAAUUACAUUUGCUGAGAAAUAAAAAAAUUCCAGUUUCACAGAAAAA